AUGGCUUUCCCUAUCAGCUUUGUCUUUUUGUCGAGUUGGACAGCUGUAGCUUUUACAUUCCCUCACAAUACUUUUGACAACAUUAUUAAAGGGUCAAGAGUCGAAUUUGAAUCAUCUGGCAGCGGGCUGGACGAACCUGUCCGGGGAAUUGUUAAGGUUGUGCAGCUGGACCCUCGCGCCCUGGCCCGGUCAGAGUUCUUCAGAGGGGCACUGAACCCCAGAAGAGCCCCCUCUCUCAGCUCCAGAGUGUCCUUCCCUGCAUUCUUGUCUCAUGGGCGUCCAGGUCCGGCCCCCAAAACCCCAGUGAGUCCACUGCACCACCUGCGCCCUAAAAGCCCUACUGAGAGGGAACUAAAGAAGAAGCAAGGCCUGCAGAUGUGGCAGAGAGCCAUGAAUAAAGGAGAGAAAAUGAGCAUUUCCCUGCCGGUCAACCUGAAGGACACUAAACAGACGUGCACUGCUGUACCUUUCACUCAGCGCAUGACAGCAGAUGGAUGUGACACAGUGACAGUGCACAACAAGCUGUGUUUCGGCCAGUGUAGCUCCCUGUUUGUCCCAUCCGAAGGGGAGUUUGCUGGGCUUGGUACCGGGAGAGGGGCCCUCCACCACCGGGCCCCCUGUUCUCGCUGCGCCCCAUCCAAAGCACUCACUAUGACUGUGCCCCUGCGCUGUGGAGCCGAGGUCCGGGAGAAGCGAGUGAUGGUGGUGGAGGAAUGCAAGUGUGAGACAAGUCGAGAAGAAAUGAGUGCUGAGGCUGCAGCUUCUACACACCUGUAA